AUGUCGUCGCUAUACCUUUGGAACACUCUAAUGUUUAAUUGGCCUAUCAAUUUUAGACAUAAUAUUUCUACUUGGAGGUUCAGUAUUAAUCAAGACAUUUAUCUUCGAACCGACUUAAAUAUAAAAUACUUCAAUGGAACUCUUAAUUGCCAUCAUUGUAACUUCACAGUUAGGAAUGGUAAAUCAGACAGCUCGCCUCGAGACUUAAUCAUCACAGGAAGCAUAACAAACAUUGAAAACAUUAAUUUAUUCAUGCGAACACUACGACAUACUGGAUGCAAGUGUACAGUUGCAAUCCUUGUUGAUAUAGAAGCAUUUGGCAAGUUAACUAAAGAAAUGAUCUUAGACAUAGAACUGUGCGGUGGACAAAUCAUCAACAUGGGCAAACCAGAGUUCACAAUGGCACAUAACUACUAUUCUCUCAUCUAUUUAUGGAAUUAUUACAUUGCGAAAAGAAAUUUUCAUAGAUUUGAUCGAAUUAUGAAAUGUGACAUGUUUGAUACUAUAUUUCAAGGUGAUCCAUUUAACGAUGGCAUCGAACCUGAUAAAUUCUACAUGAUAGAAGAAGGAAAACCUGUAUCGUAUACUUUUUACGAUAAUAUUAUAAGAGCGCUUGGAAUAACUCCAAAAAAUCGAGCCAUGAUAGCAUGUGCAGGAAUUUUUUUUGGCUACACUGAACCGUUUACACGAGCACUGGAUUUAUUCUUUUUGUAUUUCUUGUGGGAUAAAGACUGGCACGACCAGCAUCUUUUCAAUGUCAUAUUUACGUAUAAUUUGUACAAAUACAACAAUGUCAAUUUUGUUUCAAUUCGUCCAAACGAAACGGUUAGACAUCUGUAUACUGUACGUGCGGAUAAUGAAAUUGGUUAUGUAGCAGGCAUAUACAAUAAUAAUAUUUAUGCGCAAAUUAUACAUCAUACCCAUGUAGCUCCUAAACUAUUGGAAAGUAUGAAUAAAUACUGUCCAAAUAAUAACACUGCACUUCAUAACUAUGUAACAAAAUACCGUGGAACAUAA